AGUUAGUAGCAUAUAAUUUUACAGUAAUAUUCAAAGGAAGAAACAGUUUUCAAGGUAAAAAAAAGUGAAACGAGAAAAAGCAAAAGGGUUCCAACCUACUUAUUGCGUGGUGGAAUGCUAUGAAAAUGAUCGAAUUUUUGUCAAGUUGAUGGCCACAAGAGGCUGUCUUGCCUUUAAACAGCGUGGACACCCAGUUGCAUUUGCAACUACAAUAAUAAAUUCAACCGUUGUUGAAUGCUAGCAGCCACUUUUAAAUUUUAAACAUUGGACUUCACCUUGUAAGUUCAAGUGAAGUAACAGAUUGUUAGAACUGACGAUUUAACUUUUUAACUUUUGAAAGUGACCUCUCUAAGUCUGAGUCCAUUCUUUUGGAGCCUCAGUCACCCAUUGUGCACCAGUUGUUUACUGAAUAUUAUUAUAUUAUAUACUACUAUAAAAUAAAAGAUUUGUUUAUGUUAUGUGGAAUAAAUUAAUGGCGAGAGAGAGAGAUAAGCAUCUCAAAAACUUCAAGUGGUAGUGGUACACACUCAGAAAUCAACGAUUUUUAAGAAAUCUGAUUCCACUUCUUGUUUUAGUAAAUACAUCUCAAUUACACAACAAUAACGUCCAUUUUUAAUCGAAGUAUAGCAUCAGCAAAGUAAAGAAAAGCAGAUUAGUUGUUGUUCUUCUGCAGUGGUGGGCUUGAAAAAGUUAAUUUUUCAUCGAGAAUUUAAAGGCGCAAGAAAGGAUUUGUUUAUGUAUGUCGUGGGGCCGAAUGCACCAAAUGCUUGAAGGGCAGAAUCUUCAUUGUCAAUAACCUGGAAUCAUAAGAGUCUGAAUUUUCUAGAGGCGUAGAUGAUAACUAUGGGAAGCAACAGCUCUUAUCUUCGGGAUUUUUGAACAGAGACUGCCUGUUCAAGGUUAAUGAGAUCUUUCUUUGUUGCUCACGUUCUUGUUCCUGCUUCUUCAUAUAGGUUUUCUCUUUCAUAAAUAUCACCAGAAAAUAAAAACAUUUUGAUAUGGUGGUGUAAUAGCCGUUUGAGAUUUGGGAUAUCUUCAAGAAUCUCCACAUGGUACAUAUAUUUUUUGUUUUAAACGAAAAUGAAAAUCCCUUGCUUUUAAUAUUUAAUGUUUUGGGUUAUAUUAGACGUAAACCAGAUGGGUUAUGUUGAAAAUACUUUUCUCAAGGGUAUUUUCUCUAUUCCUUCUGAUAAAGGGAGAAUCUUGAAUCAGAAGGGUUGAAGGUAUCAGUUGACCAGCUGGGAAGAAUAUGUGGAAAGUGGGGUUUUUUAUGUUUGUUCUUUUGUUCUGUUCUUGAAUUUGCAUCAUGAAAUAUGGUGCUCCUCAAAUUGGGAUUUAUCCUCUGAUUGAUUCUCGUCUUACUUGCUGCUAUUGUGUGUGUGUGAGUGUUUUUUUUUUCUUUUUACUGAUAUUAGAUGCGGAACAGCAAAAGAGAAGCCUAAUUUUAUAUGAUACACAUUAGUUAUUCCUUAUCCUUUGCCUCAAGCUUUUAGUUCAUUGGCUUUGCUGUUUCCAAUACUCCGUGGAAUUUCAUUAUUCCUAUUAUCUUAUCCAAGUUGGUAUUCAUGAAGAUUUUGAUCGGUCAUACAGAUUGUCUUGUGAAGAGUGGAAUUGAUCCUAAAAGUUAUUCUUGUCAAAUUUAUAGUUGACAUUAGAUCACCCUGAGGAACCUUGGGAUUUCUAAAAUUAAGUGGAAUAACGCCAUCAUGGAGGAUGUCAUUUUCUCACCAGGUGCUAUGCUGUACGGCCCGCCAGAUUCGGCAAUGGAUUUCGACUACAUGGAUGAAUUGUUGUUAGAGGGUUGCUGGUUGGAGGCAACAGAGGGAUAUGAAUUCGUUAAUCCCAAUCCAUCCACUUCAAAUUCUUUCUUUGAUCCUGCAUUUAUAUGGCCUAUUUCAGAGUCAACUACUGAUGAUUUGGAUGCUGGCCCCUCUCAAAUACAUAAUCAAGGAGAGAAUCAAAGAUCAUUGUUGCCUCGGAAUUCGCUUAUGAAUAGAACUCAAGGUGAAAGUUUGGUCAGUCCUCAAUUUAGUAACAACAUAGCUGAUGUUGCCAGAAGUGACAGUCUACAUGGUGAUUGUAUAACUGACGGUUCUGAGCUGAGCAGAAGGUGGUGGAUUGGACCCAGAACUAAUCCUGGUCCUGCAACUUCUGUGAUGCAGAGGUUAAUUCAGGCACUUGGUCAUAUUAAAGAUUUUGCUAAAGAAAAGGAUGUCCUUGUACAAUUAUGGGUACCUGUAAAUAGAGGAGGUAGACAUGUUCUAACUACGAGUGAACAACCCUUUUCACUUGAUCCCAACAGCCAAAGGCUUGCGAGUUACAGGAACAUCUCUGUCAAAUAUCAGUUCCCCGCAGAGGAGAAUUUCAAGGACAUGGCGGGACUUCCCAGUCGGGUUUUCUUGAGUAAGGUUCCAGAGUGGACUCCUGAUGUCAGAUUCUUUAGAAGUGAUGAAUACCUACGAGUAGAUCAUGCUCAACAACAUGGUGUCCGUGGAACUUUUGCUCUUCCCGUUUUUGAACAAAGCAGUAGAACUUGCUUGGGUGUUAUUGAAGUGGUGAUGACUACCGAGAAAAUCAAGAUUCAACCUGAGCUCGAAAGUGUUUGCAAAGCAUUAGAGGCUGUCAAUCUUAGGAGUUCUAUAGCUUCCAGCACUCAAAACAAUCAAGCAUGCGAUAAUUCUUAUCAAGCUGCCUUACCUGAGAUCAAAGAAGUUUUGAGGUGUGCGUGUGAGAUGCACAGAUUACCCCUGGCUCAGACUUGGGUUCCUUGUAUCCAGCAAGGUAAACAGGGGUGCCGGCAUUCCACGGAGAACUAUGUUCGUUGUGUGUCUACUGUGGAUAAAGCUUGCUGUAUAGCUGAUCCUAAUAUCCUGGGUUUUCAUGAGGCUUGCUCCGAGCAUCACUUGUUAAAAGGUCAGGGUGUUGCUGGGGGAGCAUUUAUGACUAACCAACCAUGCUUCUCAGCUGACAUAACUGCCUUUAAAAAGACUGAAUAUCCUCUCGCUCACCAUGCAAGGAUGUUUAAAUUGCAUGCUGCUGUUGCAAUACGUUUGCGAUGCAUUCACACCGGUAAAGCGGACUUUGUCUUGGAGUUCUUCUUACCUGCAGACUGCAGAGAUCCUGAGGGACAGAAGAAGAUGCUUAAUUCACUAUCCAUCAUUAUACAACAAGUAUGCUGUAGCUUACGGGUUGUAACAGAUAAGGAGCUAGAGGAAGAAAAAGAUUUGGCAGUCAAUGAAGUUAGAGCCCCUUUGGAUGGCAUACCCGGUAGAGAAGAGCUAUCAAAAGAGCAGUGCAUUCAUCAUUCACAAAAGUUUUCUAGAGAAAAUUCAACUUGGACUUCCAGUCUCACUGAGGUUCAACAGAGCAGUAAUGCUGCCUUGGUACUAGAAGAAAAACCAAAGGCCAUGUUAGAUGAAAAAUUAUCUGAGGUAAAGCAGCAUGAAAAACAUAUUAGCCUAAGAGAAAGUGUUGAACAGUCUACUUUUAAUGAGAUUAGCUUUUCUAGUGUGGCUAUUGGAAAAAGAGGAGAGAAAAGGCGUACCAAGGCAGAAAAAACAAUCACUUUGCAAGUUCGCCGCCAUUAUUUUUCUGGAAGCCUAAAAGAUGCAGCAAAAAGCAUUGAUGUGUGCCCCACAACCUUGAAAAGAAUCUGUGGGCAACAUGGAAUAAAAUGCUGGCCAUCUCGAAAAAUCAAGAAAGGUGGAUACACCUUACAGAAACUCCAAAACUUCAUUGACUCCGCAGAAGGUGCCUCUGGUGCUUUUCAUAUUAAUGCCUUCUAUGCAAACUUUCCAGAGCUGGCCUCUCCAAAAUUAUCAGGAAUCAGUACAUUAGCAAACUCAAGGCUGAAUGAUCUGUCAAAGCAAACAAACAAACAGCCCGCAGGGGGUAAUUUCCUGCCCCAAGCUGCUACUUCAAAUUCGCCUUCCUCCUCUUGUUGUCAGAGUUCCAGUUCAAGUCAUUGCUGUUCCAGUGAAACACGUAAACCUUCGGCAUUUAACAUUUCAGGUAAUGAAGAUCUUAUAAUUGGAGAGAGCGGUGGGGAUGGUGAGCUGAAAAGGGUCGGAAGUGCUGUAGAACUGCAUUCCUUAAGUCAAGAAGGACCAAAGCUGUUCCCAAGAUCUCAGAGCGUUAGAUCUCUUAAGGUACAGCUUAUUUCUGACAGUCUUCAACCCAUAUCGGAUAAUACUGUCCAGAUUGUUCAAGAUUUGGAUGCUCAAAGAGUAAAGGUCACAUAUGGAGAUGAGAAGAUCCGUUUCCGCAUGCGGAGUAAAUGGCGGUUUAGAGAUUUAUUGCAUGAAAUUAGAAGACGAUUUAAUAUAGAUGAUAUAAGUAGAUUUGAUCUCAAGUACUUAGAUGAUGAUUCUGAAUGGGUCUUAUUAACAUUUGAUGCUGAUUUGGAGUGUAUUGAUGUAUGUCAGUCAUCUCAGGGCAACACAAUUAGACUUGCAUUGCAAGUUUCUCAUAGCCAUUUGGACCGGUCUUCAGGUAGCACUGGUCCACCAUGAUCUAAAGUUUUAGUAUCAACAGGUACUACUGAUAUGAAUGCCUUCUCUUAUUGAUUCAGAUUUUGGCUCUAAUCUUGCUGUGUGAGUUAUGAGAAAGAGAUCCUGGCAGCAAUCUGUAAAGCAAUGUUUUUGAGAACAGAAAUCUUAAUGUUCCACAGUGACAGUAACACCUUUGGAUGCAGUGCUGAAGGAAACAAUCGUUUCUUCGUCUAGCAGAAGAAGUUAAAUAAAAGGAUCAUAGAGAAAUUUCGAAGGAAGUAGUUGUCAAAGGAUUCAGAGAAGUGAUGUUGUUGACUAUUUUCUGCAUGGGACAAUAGAUGCUGGAGCCGAAGGUGGUUUUAAGGUUAAAAGGUUCAUCCAAUACCAUGAAAGCCAUCUUAAAGCUACCUUUCUGUUACUGUGGUAGAGGUUAAGUGCAUGUAGUUGGUGCACUUGGAAUGUAAUCUCUUUCUCCUUGUGGAUGAGAUUUGCUGUAUAUUUAGUCAUGACUAGAGCAGUAAAAACUGAUAUGUCAAAAUAGAACAAUAAUAAUAACAAUAGUACUCCAUAAAGAUGAGAUUCCCCCAAAAUUUGAUUCAUUUUUUAUAUCCUAUGAAGAUAAAUGGAUAUAUUUUCUGUUAGCUUUCUUUUCCAUGUGCACUGCAAUGGUGACUAAUGACCAUGAAGCUAGAGAAAUCCAAGUUUUAUUUUACACCAGGAUGAUAGGUAAAAGUUUGCGGCCUAUGGAAUGCUAAAUUUCAGGUGGGGACUUUUUUAUCUUAACUCACUUUCCUAAGCAUUAGAGAGAAAGUGUUUUGAACUGGUUCUUGCAGUUUGUUGUGUUUAUUACUGCAAAAUUGAGCUUUCUUUUCUGCUUCUCAUUUCCUAUAAUUCACAUCGAUCUCAUCCCAGGGGAUGAAAAUAGAGCAUUUUCAUUUUCGGUGGUGUCUUUUCAAAUUUAUUUGAUCUAUUUUU